AUGCAAGUUAAAAAUCUUUAUUUGGAGAAAAUCCUACUGGAAGUAAUUGUGUGGCCAACAGAAGAAAUGUGUCAACAUGGUUAUGCCGAUUAUGUAAUCGUACCCACGUUGCAAUUUUUGAUCAAAAUACCUGAUACCCUUUCGAUGCAUGUUGCUUCAAUCUUGCCAGCUGGUGCGACAUGGGCUCUUUCCGCAGUCAUUCAGGCUAGACCAAUCGUUGAGGCUUUCGCUCAAUCAAAAGGUUUCUGUAAUAUUCUUAUUGUCGGUGCAGGAGGACUUGGUUUGUGGUUGCUUAAACUUGCCAAGCAUUUUCUUUCCGGAAGUCAUGAUCGCAAAAUUAAGAUUAUGGUGGCCGAUGCUCGCGAGGAACGUCUUUGUUUAGCUGAACGCAACGGUGCAGAUUUCGUUGUCCAUUGGGAUGAUUCAGAGUUCGAAGAAUAUCUUAUAAUGCGAACGAAAGAUGUCGCUCGGACUGGCGUUCAAGUUGUGUUCGAUUUCGUCACAUCACCUCGAACAGUGACUCGGUCGUUGAAGUGCCUUGUUGAGGGUGGUGUUCUGUUCGUCGGCGGUUUAGCUGGUCUUGAUGUUCAACUACCAAUUAAGCUUGUUGCACAUAAUCGCCUUGCUAUUAUGGGCGUUGCUCGUGGCUCUAUUGAUCAGUUGAAGAAUUUAGUUUGUUUGAUCGCUGGUGGUCAGAUUGAAGCUCCAGAUUAUCGCGUUUAUCCUGUUACGCAGGCUUCACAGGUGUUGAAACAGUUGAGUAUGUCAGAAGUGGAAGGUCGCGCGAUUCUUGAGGUUUGUGAUCCAAAUACAGCUCUCCAACCUAUUAACAAUGCAUAA